UAGCGUUGUCGUUUAUCAAAACGACCACCACCAUUUCUCCUUCCAACCCUCCAAGAAUAUCCAACUCGACAGACACAGGAAGACACUGAGAGAGAGCUGUUGAGAGGACAAAGAAAUGGCUGCUACUAGCUCCUGCAGUUUGAAUCUGGGAGUGAAAGGAAAAGGGAAACCAGAACAGCCUUUUUCUUCCUCUAAAUCCUCUCAGCUUCUCUUCUCUUCAAACUUGUCUUUUGCUUACAAUAACACCAAAUAUUGCCUUUCUCUUCAUUCCCAUCAAACCCUUUUGUCCGCUUGUUUAACCAAAACCAAGAACUCAGCUUUUGUUGUGGCAUCAUCAAAGCCAGAGCAUUUGAAGAUAAUGAUAUCCGGUGCUCCUGCUUCUGGUAAAGGUACUCAAUGUGAGCUCAUCACUAAGAAAUAUGGUUUGGUGCAUAUUGCUGCUGGAGACCUGCUGAGGGCAGAAAUUGCUUCAGGGAGUGAAAAUGGGAAGCGAGCAAAGGAAUACAUGGAGAAAGGACAGUUGGUCCCAAAUGAAAUAGUUGUCAUGAUGGUGAAGGACCGUCUGCUGCAGCCAGACUCUCAAGAAAAUGGUUGGCUUUUGGAUGGAUACCCAAGGAGCUUAUCGCAGGCAACUGCUCUGAAAGAAUUUGGCUUCCAACCUGAUCUUUUUAUUGUCCUAGAAGUCAACGAAGAGAUUCUUGUUGAAAGAGUGGUUGGACGUAGAUUAGACCCUGUUACAGGGAAGAUAUACCACCUGAAGUAUUCCCCCCCUGAGACUGAAGAAAUUGCUGCCAGGCUCACCCAACGAUUUGAUGACACCGAAGAAAAGGUGAAGUUGCGCUUGCAAACUCAUCAUCAAAAUGUGGAGGCAGUACUUUCAAUGUAUGAAGACAUUACACUCAAGGUUAAUGGAAAUGUUCCCAAAGAAGAUGUGUUUGCACAAAUUGAUGAUGCUCUCACAAAACUAUUUGAGGAUCAGAAGUUGACUUCCGGAUCUCUGGCUGCAUAGAUGGAGGGAAGAGCUGGUGUAUAACCAAUAGCCAGGAAUCAGGAAUUGUGAAAACUGGUAUAGUUGUUCAGCCCUUGUUUUUUUCAGCCCAUUCUGUCAGGUUUAUAUACCUCAACCUCAAGAAAUGCUCAAGUAGCAAGGCUUAGAAAAACAUCAAUUUGACGCUUUUCUACCAGAAAAAAUGUGGUUUCAACCAAGUAGCCAAACGCGGACUAAGUGCCCUUAUUUUGUCUUUCCUAGAGCUACCACAUGCUUGACUACUCUAUUUGGUUAUUAUUAUUAAAUUAUUCUUUGAAGUGUAA